GGCUGCUGCAGAGAAAGCCCAGAGUGACCCGGACAUACAACCGGGGCCUGUUUUGUGACUGCAGCCUCCUUCCUGUAGCCCGGUUGAGGAAGUGAAUUUCGCUGACAGGGCUGGGUUCAGUGAGGGAGAGGCGAACAAAACAUCUUAAGUCAAAAAAACAACAAGAGCCGAGAGGAGCGACUUGUUCAUCCGCAGUAAAGCUAAGCUCUACAGUUAUCGGUGAAAUCGUGCUCCCCUGCCCCCGCUGAGACCGCCGCAGACCGCCGCAGACAUGAAUGACCAGCAGCUGGACUGUGCUCUGGACCUGAUGAGGCGUCUGCCUCCUCAGCAGAUUGAGAAGAACCUCAGUGACCUCAUUGACCUGGUGCCCAGCCUGUGUGAGGACCUCCUCUCCUCUGUGGACCAGCCCCUGAAGAUUGCCCGUGACAAGGCUGUGGGGAAAGACUAUCUGCUCUGCGAUUACAACAGAGACGGCGACUCCUACAGAUCCCCGUGGAGUAAUAAGUAUGAGCCUCCCAUUGAAGACGGUGCAAUGCCUUCAGCUCGCCUGCGGAAACUCGAGGUUGAAGCCAAUAAUGCCUUCGACCAGUACAGAGACCUGUACUUUGAGGGUGGCGUGUCCUCCGUGUACCUCUGGGACUUGGAUCAUGGCUUUGCUGGAGUUAUUCUCAUCAAGAAGGCCGGAGAUGGAUCCAAGAAGAUCAAAGGGUGCUGGGACUCCAUCCAUGUGGUGGAGGUGCAGGAGAAGACCAGCGGUCGUACUGCUCACUACAAACUCACCUCCACUGUCAUGCUGUGGCUCCAGACAACCAAGACCGGCUCUGGUACCAUGAACCUGGGUGGCAGCCUUACAAGACAGAUGGAAAGGGAUGAGUCAGUUGGAGAGUCCGCACCCCACAUCGCCAACAUUGGCCGCCUUGUUGAAGAUAUGGAGAACAAGAUUCGCUCCACACUGAAUGAAAUCUACUUUGGCAAGACGAAGGACAUCGUCAACGGUCUAAGAUCUAUUGAAUCUUUGCCUGAUAACCAAAAGUACCGGCAGCUCCAGAAGGAGCUGUCACAGGUCCUCACCCAGCGUCAGAUCUUCAUUGACUAGGGUCAGAGGAGUGUUCAGACUCUGGCUGACAAGUCAAAGCAGGAGGCUCUGAGGAACGACCUGGUGGAUGCACUCAAACGCAAACAAAACUGCUAGAGAUGCUACUGUUGUUUUUUUCUUCUGUCUCUCUCUCUCUCUCUUUCUCUCUCUUGCGCGCGCCUCAUCUCUGCCAUCUUUUUCUCUGUUUCUUUACGUCUCCCCCUCCAUGCCUGUUUCAGUGCUGCACUCGUUUAUUUGUGGAAAAAACAAAAAAUGAGAAAAUGCUUAGCUUUUUAUUUGUUUUUUUGUUUUGUUAAUUGUUUUCUGUCAGGUUUUUUGUUUUCAUGCAUCUCAUCUGCCAUGAAGCCAUUCACUCACGCUCCCUCUGUCUCUCACCCCUCUCUUCUCUCUUCUUUCCCACGUUACCGAUAUUAUGAUAGUAUUACCACGGUUAAUGAUAAUAUUACAGUGUGAGGGUCAUUGUAGUUAAUAAUCCCUGAUGUUCUCACAGCUGACGUGUCUUCGGUCAGUGUCAAAUGGGUGAUCUUGGCACCGCUCUUCCUCCGUGACAAGGAAACGGACACAGACUGUGCUGUAGGUGGUGUAGGCUCGGCGGGGCCGUCAUUAUUAUGGACAUCAAAUUUAUUUCUUGCACCUAUUUUUGUCUACAACACCCCCCCCCAAAUAUAUUUGUAUAAAAUUAUUACUGUCAGUGUAUAGCUGUCAUUAUUCUGGGAAAUGUAAACGGUGUGAACACGAGGGCAGCCCUCGGUUUGCAUUACAAGGUUUUAACUCUUUAUUCCACUUCACGUGCAUGUGAGCCUGUGUUUGAGCACGGGGCUGCAGAAAGUGGGAAUGAAGACUUGUCAAACAGGGGAUGGACUGUUUUAAUCACCGGGUGAUGAUUACACCCACGUCGUCAACCCCAGCCUCCUACACGGUGUAUAACAUGACAGUUUGCCUCCCCCUCUUGUUCUGCUUACUCAACUCUUCUCUCUCCUACUAUGUCUUUGUUGGGGGUCACAGUUUGUCUUUGUGUCUCAGUGGAAACCUUUAACUGUUUCCAUUUUUUUUUUUUGGAGGGGAAUGUUUUGUUGUAUUUUUGUUUUGUUUUUAUUUUGUAAAGCUUAUGAUUCAUAUUGUAUUAGAGCCUCCAGCAACAAUAAAAACAGUAAAAAGCUG